AUGUUAAUAAAACAUAUCAUGGUAAAUUAUUGUUUGACGGUUGAUCGCCGUGUUUUCCUUUUAAGAGAUAUAAGAAAUUUAAAUAGAUAUAAAAGCCGAAGCAUAAUAUAUGUUACAAAAUAUAAUGUAAAUUACACAAAUAUAACAAAAGAAAGGAAUUUAUUCUUUAUAAAUAAAAGUAUGAGUUAUAUUAAUAAUUUUAAUAUAUGUAAAAAUGAGAGGCCUAAUUCACCACAGAUAUUUGGAAGUAUAAAAAAUGGGGGUAAUAGUAAUAGAAGUUUAUUUACAGGACCUAGUAAAUGGAAAAUAAAGUUGUUUAGCAUGAACAGUGGAAACGGUAGAGGUAACAGUGAACGAGGAAGUAGCAAAAAUGGUAGUAGCAGUAGUGGUAGCUUCAGCAGUAGUAGUAGUGAGAGUGAAAGUAACUGUAGCGAUGGUGGGAAUAAUAGUAAGUCCGGGUUCUUUAACUUAAAAAAGAGUUUCAAGGAAUCGUUUGAAAGAAAAUUCAGCAGUCACUUGGAAGGUAUAUCGAUAAAAGAUAUAUAUAGAAUAUUGAAAAAGGAGAGAAACUAUUUAGCAUUAUCAAUGGCAUGUUUACUAAUAUCAUCAUUAGGUCAAAUGCUUUUUCCAAUGUGUAUAAGCAAAAUAAUAAAUAUGUAUGGAGGAAAAGAAGAAUCAUUGAAAUAUGUAAUGAGCGAAGUUUAUAAAACUGCAUUUUUAAUUUUGGGUAUAUCUACAUUUAGUUUUUGUCGAAUUUAUUUUAUUGAAACCUCAAUAGAAAAAAUCACUAGACGAUUAAGAAAAAGUUUAUUUGAAAAAAUAUUAAAUCAAAAUCUUUCUUUUUUUGAUAAGCAAAAAACAGGAGAAUUAAUAACUAGAUUAUCAAAUGAUAUUGAAGUGUCUUCAAAGAUAUUGAUUCAUUUGUCUUUUGGUAUACGAAAUUUUAUUGCAGCCUUAAUAGGAGGUAUAUGUGCUUUACAUAUAUCUCCUAGCAAAUUAUUUAAUUCUUUUUUACUACCUGUUUCAACUGCUUUAUUAAUUGGCACAUCAUAUGGAAAAUAUGUGAAAAGAAUUAGUAUAUAUAAGCAAGAGAAAUUAAGUGAAUGUAUUGAUUUUGCAUCUGAAAAAAUACAUAAUAUAAGUAAUGUCCGAUUAUUGAAUGGAGAAUCAUUUGAAAAAAGAGAAUUUACAAAAUAUUUAGAUGAAGUGUACAAAGCAGGAACAAAAUAUUCUUUUAUAAAAGCUGGAAAUCAUUUCUUAUUUUUUAGUAUCAUUUCUCUCUUUUUAUUGCAUUUAAUUAAUUAUGGAAAUUAUUUAAUAGCUAACAAAUUUAUAAAUACAGGUGAUUUAUUUUCAUUAAUUAUGUAUUCUUUAUUUUGUGGUAGUGGAAUACAAGGAGUUAUGCAGUCAAUUGGGGACUUACAAAAAUGUAUAGGAUCAUGUUCCAAAGUUUUGCAAAUUAUAAAUUUACCAAAAAAUGAGCUCAAUGAAUACUGGCUUAACGAUUCAAUUAAAUUCCUUAGAAGUGACGAUUAUGCAAUUAAGUUCGAUAAUGUAUCUUUUUCGUACGAUAACAACAACAAUGUUAAUACAGUAGGUAGUAGUACUAAUCAAAUCAGUAAUAGUAGUGGUAGCAACAUUGGUAUUAGCAAUAGUGGUAGUUGUAAUAGUGAUAGUAGCAAUAGUGAUGGUGGUUUGGCUAGUAGGGGAGAAAAUGGAGCGAAGAAAAAUUAUGCUUUAAAAAAUGUUUCAUUUUAUUUACCUCACAAUAAGUCAGUUGCUAUAGUUGGAAAAAGUGGCAGUGGAAAAACUACAAUUUUAAAUUUGCUCUCAAAAAAAAAUUCUGUUAACUCGGGAAAUAUAUUAAUAGGUAAUUUCCCCAUCAAUAAUAUUAAUUCCUCUGCAUUAAGAUCUAUUUUAGGAAUUAUUACCCAAAACCCUUUUCUAUUUAAUAUCUCAGUGAGGUCUAAUUUGCUAUAUCCGUACAAAGCCCAUGUGUCAAUGUUAAAGGAACAAAUUAAAUUAAUUGAAGAAGUGAAUAAUAAGGAUACAUAUACUAAUAAGAAAAAUUAUUUUAGUGUUGAAAAAAAUGAUAAUUCGAAAGAAAUAAUAAAUGAUCGUAGGAGGGAAAUUUAUAAUUUUCUAUCAGAGCAAAUGCGAAAUACACAAAAAAAUAUAAACAAUAUAACGGAAGAUCAAUUAAAAAGUAUGUACAAAGAUUUUAAUAUUCACGAUUUUUUAAUUAAUUAUUCUAAAUAUGACAAUAUUAAUGUUGGUGUGAAUGGGUCAUUUCUGUCAGGUGGGCAAAAACAACGAGUAUACCUUGCACAAAACUUAUUUAAAAAUAAUAAAAUAUUAAUUUUUGAUGAACCCACUUCUUCUUUAGAUAGUUUAUCAGAAAAAAUUAUAAAUGAAGCAUUACUUAAACAUAUGAAGGGGAAAACUACUAUUAUAUUUACGCAUAGACUAGAUUUGUUAAAUUUUGUUGAUUACAUUGGCGUGCUGAAUGAUGGUACUAUGAUACAAUUUGGUUUGAGAAAUAACGUGCUCGAAAAGCCCUGCGAUAUUUUGAGGCAGAUUUUAAAUCAGAACACGUACUAA